AUGUCUUGGAGGACAUUUGAUGCCCAAACGGACGUCAGUGUCGCUGCCGUCGUUGGACGUCGGCGGCCCGAUCUCCAUCCUGCCCUCCUGCCCUCCCCCUUCCUCCCCAGUGCCGUCCCGCUACGUGAUGAGGUCCGAUAUGGAAACCCUAGUGAUAUCCUGUGUCGUCAUCGUGCCGCGCUUGCGUGUCCAAUGACGAUCGAGGUCGAUGCGCGUGUGGGGGGCAUGGGAUGGGUCGCGGCAGAAUGUGGGUCGUAUCGGGGCAAUGGCAGGGGUGCAUGGGUCACGUCGUCAACGUACAGUGUUGCGGUCAUAUCUGGCAGUGCUGCCUCGGGCGAGGGCUUACGCGUGGGGUGGGGAUGA